GUUUGCCUAUGGGGACGAGUUAUUAGUAGUGUGAUAUUUUUGGUCCAAAAUGUCAAGGUUCUCGAAAUGUUUAACAGAUAUCCUUUUAAACCAAAAACAAGAAAUACUUCGAACCAAGAAACUAGAAUUGAAAGGCUUGACCGUCACAGCGAUUGGGCACAAGUGCAGUGUAACUGCAUGCAUUGAAGAGAUCGCUUAAAGCCAAUUUUAUUUAUAACCGAAGAACAGAUAAACAACAGCAGUGAUAUAACCAAUAAUAUCUGUCAAAUGCUUACCAAUUCAUGAUGGACUCAGCGGUAAGAUAUUGCAUGGGUUGCGGUAAAAAAAAGACCGCAAUUUAGCUUGAUUUUUUCCACCUCGCUUAUCUCGCCGUAGGUCGUUUCGCAGUUGUAUUUGCUUCUCUUUGGUCAGCCGGUAUCCCUUGGUUGCAAUAAUCCGUUUAUUUUUUACGGUUUCCUAUUUCCAGGGGCCAGAAAGGGACGAUGACCCGUCUAAGAUUUCCGACGAUGCCGAUGCUGUUCUCGAUAAUCUUUUCUACGACUGUGACAAGGAUAAUUCGGGUCGAGUUUCCGUAUCGAAACUUAUCGAAUAUCUCCGUAACGCAAUUUCCAGCGGCACUGAAGAGGUAUUUAGCGUUUUGUGAUAAUAUUUUCGUUAUCUUUUAUCGCAAAUUACGGUCAUUUAUAUACUGAUGAUGAGUCCAACGUUUUGAAAAUUUCAGUUAAAAGUUGAAAAACACCCCGAUGCUCAUGAUUCCUUAUUACACCUACACGUAAAAUGUCUUCCGCUUUUCAAAUUGCGUUGAUUCUUACCAUCUUAGUUUCAUUUAAGGGUUGCAAAUUCCUCGGUGGCAGCGUUUGAAUUGUUCUAUAAAAGUCUUUUUUAAACCUAGCUGAACACGAACAGCUUGAUUGUGUUUGUUUUGAUAAACGUUUUCCUACAAAUUCAAAGGUUGUUCCAGUUUGGAGGUGCGUCUUAUAUUUAACCGUCCGUUUGUUUACCUUUAGUAAAUUUAAUUUAGCAUAUUUCUGUCGCUUAAUAAUCAUGCGAUAAGCAGAUUAGAUUACUGUGCAACCAACUGAAAAAUACAAUCUUCUCGAAACUGCAAAAUAAUAUUUUGCCACUGUUUUUAAAACAUAUGUUCUUAUUGUAUCCAAAAUCAAUAAUUACUGUGUUCAAUUUCUAAAUAUGUACGAGGUUGCAUUUAUUUACAUUUCAACUGGAAAGAAGUCAGCGAAAUGUUCAAAAGUGGAGGAUCUGUUUAUGUAAGAAACUGCUACCGAUGACUAAUUACUAAUAUCAUUGCACUUUGUGUUGAUAAGUUGUUUUUACAAGUCCUAAUUUUUUUCGAGAACGUAGAUUGUUAUAACAUUAGAAUCUUAUACAGCUGUCAUUUCUCAUGACACAAUGCCUUAAAUCUUUGGUAGGAAACCUUUUUGUGUUCUUGAAUUGUCCUUUAGUUGUAUGGCAACACUAAUGUAUUAUUAAUCGUAAUGUGGCGUUUAAAACUAAGCAUUGCUUUUCAAGGGUUCGUGCUGCAGAUGGAAGCAAAUGCAAGCUCCCAUCUGAUUUAAAUUAUUAUCGAAAUGAUAUUUGAAGAUGGAUAUAUAUACUCUGGAGUAGUUGCUAGUAAAGGAGAAAGAAUUUCAGCUGUUCUUGUAGCUUUUUGAUGGCUCCAUGCAUGCAACAGAUGCUGAAGGCAAUAUUGAUAUAUUCAAAGAAAGAAGGAUGACUAGUGCAGUCUUCUUUCCAAGAUUUAAGUUUCCAAGGGCAACUAAACUGUAGUGCCAGGCAUCUUUGUUUUUCUUAUUAAAAUCUUUAAUGUCAUUAUCUAACUACUGAAUGUAUUUUCCAAAAAGGGCAAAGUUUUGGUGGCAUCUCUAAGCUACAACUAUGUUUAUGAAUAUUUUAAAAACAAUUUCUUUGAAUUAAUUGUUCUCUUAAUCUACGUGAUCACAACAUUGUUAAAUGCCUCAUUGACUGUUCAACCGUUCUGCCUGGUUGCAUCCUAGACAGCUCAAAUCAAACUGAAUGCACACGACAAAAGCUGUAAAUGUUGUGAACACAAAAGUAAUAUAAAUGAUGAGGUGGUCUCUUUUUUUUUAAUUUGUGCUUCAUUAUUGACAAAUAAUAUCUUGAUCAAUAUUUCUCUAUACAUGCUCUGAUGGUUUUUUAAGGAGGUACUGUUGUUUAAUGAGAAUUUUUCAUUUAUUUUAAUAGUUUGCAGGUAGUCUGGAUGAUUUGUCCCUAAUUUUGGAUCCAGAUGGAAGAGAUUUGGAAAUUGGUUUGACUUCUUUCCAAGAAGGUAUCAAAGAGUGGAUUUCUGAGAUUAGAAGACAAAGGUUUGAAAAAUUCUUUGAUUUUUUUAGAUAUACUUGAUGCACACGAUACUGUAAUCUAGACAGGAGACAAUUGAAAGUGAUGCAGCUCAAAUAUACUAGGCACUCAUUACCUCUAAUGAAUCUAUUUACACUGUAUCAGACAUAUACAUUGGCAGUGCAAGUUUCAGAUUCCAUUAAAAUGGGAAUUUACACCUGGAUUGUUAUGUCAUGCCCAUCAUGCUGAUAAGGUCGACAACCGCUACAAAUAUGUAUGGGUGCAAAAGGCUGUAAAAUUUUGUAACUUUGGAAAAAAAAAUUACAAACAAAAUCCAUUAGAUGAAUCCUUUUAACUUUCAUAAUUUACACAAACCCCAAGAAGGUGUUUUCAUAAAGAUGUAUGAAAACUUUUUGAGAUAUUCAACCAUUUAAUCUUGAUAUCUCACGGCAGAAUUUUCUGUCACAAUUGAUUUCAGGUCAGAAUGAUUUUAAACAAGUCAAAUUUACUGUAAUUUCCUUUUUCAAGGCAUGUCAUAUAUUAAGUCCUUACACAAGAAUGGAAAUACAAAUCAAAUUAGUUUGGGAUCAUUUCAUUUUGUUUGGAAUACAUAAUUAUAAAUUACAGCAUGUUAAGGUUUUGAAGUAUUGAAUUUUUACUUUCCAUGAUAUUUCUCAGCUAUGUUAAUACUGAUGAUGAAUGCCCCUCUCCUGUUGCUGUAAACUGUGUGGUAAGUCACAACAAAACUUUACAUCAAGAUUUUGUAGUUUUUUUUAAGAUUUGAAGGUUAACUGAACUUCAAAUUAUUUUGCAUUGAGUGCGGGUUACUCUAUUGUUGUUAGAGCCAUGACCAUUUCAUCCAUCUCUAUGUGUCUUAACUGGCUGUCUCUGAAGUCAGUUUUUCUUGUUCCACUCUAAGUCAAAAAUCUUAGACUAUGUUAAUAAUUUACUUAUAGCUUUUGAUUUGGUUUCCUGUUCAAAGUUCAGAACAUUCAUCCUACAUAGAAAAAUACAUAGGAAUGUAUAUUCAACCUUUUGCAAGAUUUGCAUCGCAUUUGGUGACUGUAUUCUGUUUUAUUUGGCCACUUACUGCUAACAGAGUAGAUGCUUGAUGGAAAACUCAAAUGGUUUAUAAUUAUACAGCUUUGUUGGGUUCUACGGGCUCAGAGAUACAACUUUCAAUGUAAGCAAACAGGACACUGAAGAUUUAGUCACCCCUUAUUAAUUAGGUGGCAAAUUAAGUUUUUUUUUUUUUUUUUCAUGUCUAAGGAUUCACCAGAGGCAAUAUCUUUUGGCAGCCCUAAGAGAUUUGAUCUUGGUAGGUGCUAGUGUGGGGUUAUUUUUGUCUGUUGUUCCUACUUCGUGUUGAUACUGGCAAUUUUUAAAUCUAACCUACACUGAAUCUAGUGUUCUCUCUACUUUUCAGCUCAAGGGGAGUAGUUAUAGUAUAGUUUUCUGAAAAUUAAAAUUUACAAUAGCACAGCAUCUGCUUGAUUUUCAACUCUAAACAUUUUUAGGGGGCAAUGUUAGUGCUAUAUCACAACUUACUACUGUAGAUUAUACCAUAGUACUUGAAAAGGAACACUGCAAAUCCGUAACAGGCAACCCUAGAUCUGUACAUAACUUUGUACAGUUUUAAAUUAGCAUUUUUUCUGCACUCUGAAAUUACUCUCUUUUUGUUUAGUACAUGUUUAUAUGGCAAGUAAGGUCAUCAUCUUUAACAAUAGCCUUAGAGAGAGCAAAAAAAGAGGAGAAUAAAGCCUUUGGACCACCAGGACAAGUAGGUGUCCAUGCUAGACAGGCAAAUUUUCUCCUCCCUGGCUGCCCCACGGAGGUGGACGUACUAGACAAACGCACAAUUCAGUUAAAUCUUAUGGUCAAGCUGGAUUUUAAUUUAUUUUCAUUUUAGGCCAGUUUUCAUGGUAACUAAUGUUUUUACUUUGUCAAAAUUUGAAUAAAGUACCAGAUAUACCAAAUGCUAGUUCAGACAGUGUGGAGGGCCUAGGAGGAUCAUCUCCCACCAAAGACUGGUUAGUUCUCGCUUUUCACUGAUACAGAUUGUUAACCAUUAAAUGAAUCUAUAAACUCAAUAAGCUCUUAUGUGGUUUUAUCAUAUCACUGUCAGCACCUGUGAGUAAUAUAAAACAACUCAUGUAUUCUGAUUGUCUACCCGAGCAGCAAGAUGGGCCCUUCUUGCCUCCUCUGGAUUGCUCACUUUGAUCCUGCUCAUGGAAAAAAUUGUGUGGACUUACAAAUUAAGUUCAUAAUUUUUCAACUUUGUUGGAAAACAGGUCACAAAAAGUAGCAGAUGACAGUCAAAUUAAAGAAAACAUAAAUGCUAUCAGUGACUUUAUUGUGCUACAAACACAGUUGGGUUUCUUUCCUAGGGCUUGAAAAUAAAUAAAUAAUUCUUGAUUCUUAUUGAAGGAAAAACUUUUUUUUUAUAUAGUGAAAAUGAUGAAAAUAUAAAAAAAGAGCUUGGCAAAUAUCCAGCCUUCUGAACUUGAUGAGCUUGGUCACAAGUGCAUAUUUAUUAUAGUUACAGAUUAUUUUUAAAUUGAUGGUUUAAAUUGGUUGCCAAGGGGUCUUGGAAUGCCACAUAUUUGGGCAAAGCAUAAUUGAAUAUUUUUCAAUUGUGUGAUCAUUAUCAUGACUGUUCUCUGAUUUCUUAAUUAUUUGAAACUGGUAAGAAAAUUGGUUAAGGCACCAUAUGCUAGUACAUGUAAUGUUUGGAUUUUUCCAAGGCCUGUAAUGAUAAGUGGCAUUUUCAAAAUGAUAAUGUUUUCAUUUUUGUGUUUUUUUUCUUGCAGGGAUAGUGAAUUGAUGAGCACCAUUGAAACUCUUCAGCUCAAUAACAAGCGUCUCAUUGAACAGCAAAGUGCCAUACAGGCACAGGUAAUCUAGAAAUAUUCAAUCCACUUUUUAGACUUGUUGAAUUUCCAUUUUGCAUAAUAAAUUAUUCUGUAUAUGUUGUGUUCAAAUAUUUUUAUCAUGGUUAACCUACUGUCUCACUUUAAGAGGAUAUUGAAGUACCCAGGGCCCCCAUUACUUUCAGCCAGCCCCCAGAAAAAAGAAAAAAAAAUGUGCCAGGUGAUCAUCAGAUAAUUUUUUUUUUCACUCUUUCCACUCUUUCCAAGAUGGAGAGCACAGAAGAAGCAAACAACCAACUUACUGCAGAAGUUGAAAGUCUAAGAAAGCAACUGAGAAGGUACAGUGAAUUAUUGGGCAUCUUGAUAGUGAGUGCAUGUAGGUAACUAAUUGUUGUGGUUAAAUUCGAUGGUGAUGGUAGAAUUGUCUUUUUAGUGCCCAGCUUACCAUUGAAAAGAGUAGAGGGAAGGAGAAGGAAAAUGCUGAGUUGAGGCAAGCAGGUAUGUUACAGGAGAUGAACUUUGUUUGUGUGUCUCACGAUGAUGUCACUUUGGAUGUUGAUUGCGAUGUUUCAACUGCAACACUGCUAGUCUUCAUCAGGCAAUAAGGUUGAUUGUUUACAUGUUACUAUUUGUAGCACGUUUGUUUGCAAAUAGCGACACGCCAACAAUGGACCUCAUCACCUGAUGAAGGCUAGUAGACUUGUGGCACGUUGGUUCACAAAUACUGACACAUAAACAGCAGACCUCACCGCCUGGUGAAGACUAGCAGUGUUGAUUGUUUAUGUGUUGCUGUUUGUUGCAUGCUGUAAUGUUUUAAUUUGUACAGGAUGAUGAAAAAAUGGCCCACUAUACAUUUUUAUAUUGUCUCACUAGUUGCUGAUGCUAUGGAAGCAAAUCAGUGCCUGCAAACAAAAAUCACACAGCUGGUUAGUGUAAUCCUCCUACUAUAACCAGGACUUAAUCUCUUUAAUAUAAACAGAAAUGCAUGUACUUUACUAGAGUUCUGUCUAAGUCAUUAGUAUGUGUGUUUGUCCAGCUCAGCCAAUGUUAAGAAAAUGUUCAGCACUGCAUGUGCUAAGCCAGUAAUUUGAGUGACAUCCUCACCAUUAUGGUGUCUGGAGAGAAAAUGAGGGUUGGCCUCUGGAUUUUUUACAUUCAUCACAAAUACCCACACGGACAGUUCUAUUAUAUUAAUUCAGAGCUGUUACAAUGUGCAGCACAUCUCUUUGAAGGGUCCUAGGAAUGUCUAAUUUAUAUUCAGUCACCAAUUUGUUUUCAAAGAAGGAUGUUGGUAUAUCCACAAGCUUUUUAACUACCAAUUGCUUUCUUUUUAUUAACAAGUUUCUGAAGUAUUGCGGUAUUCCAGCUCACCCUCUCUUUAUUUCCAUCAGGAAAAAGAGCGCGCCUUAUAUGAAAGCAAUCUAAAGAACAUAGAUGAAAAGGUAACAUAUAUUGGGUUCUAUUUUAGCUGUUUAUUGUGACUGUGCUUUUUUCCUGUUGUUGGGUCACUAAAAUUUGCAGUUUCUUAUUGGGUUGUAAUUAAAAUGUUGGGAACAUUCACCUCCAAUGAGUACCAAGAAAUAAAAUUUGUUUUGAUUUGUUUCAUCCUUUCACUCAUUAUGAAUGAAAUACAACCCUGCAGUGGCUCACAAGGGACACUGCUUCAACCAAAUGAAAACACUGCAAACAAAAUAUAAUCAACUUUAGUGCAUCAUGUCUCAAUUUGUGUUUAUUUGUUAGUUACACAACAUAAGGGUGUCUACCAAAACUUCUGCCACAUUCAUUAAGAAAGCCAUUGUAAGUUGAAUGGGAGUAAUCUAAUGCAAUGUAAAGCAAAACAAUAUCCCCUGACUAAAAGUCUUAAUUAGUGUGCUUGAACGUGAUAUUAUACAUUGUAUCUGUACAUGUAACAGAGCUCAGUUUGAGGGUAAUUAUGACUACCAUUUAUUUUACUUAGCUCCUUGAAACUCAAGCACAGGUUGAACUUCUUGAAGAAGAAAGAAAAAGACUUAUUAAUGAUCUAGCUGAGCAAAAGGUAGCAUGUUCAUUUUUGUGUAUUGAUCAUUUUCAAGUUGGGAAAUUUCUCUUCAGUCUGUAUACAUGUCUUUUCACAUAAUAAGUAUAUUGAUAGGUUUCGUACCUUUCAAAUCUCCCUUCUGCUGAUGAUUAAAAUGAUGCUGGUUAUAAAAACAAUUGUUAGAUGUAUAUUUACAUACAUGUUUUGUUUUUCUCUUGAUAGCAAUAUUGUGCUGAUCUUGAAGAGAUUCAAGGAGUUAAAAAUGACAUGAUUGCAAAGGUAUUUUGUUAUUUAUUCUUGCUCUUUGCUUAAAGUAAAUACAUGUACAGUGUAUGCAUGUGGCUUUUUUGGACAUAGGAUUUUAUGUUGAACUUUGCAUUGUGUUAAACAUGUUUAGUCUCAGUGGUAAUUACACUGUAUACCUUCCGAACAUUUAAAAAGGAUGGAUAAUUUAGCAAGUUCCCCUGUUAAUAUACAGCUUUGGUGCUAAAAAAAAAACAAAUGAGGGAAAUUAUUGUUGUUAAAGCAAUUAAAAUAAAAUAAUCUGCUCAAGGGUGAUAAUAUUUUAAGUAUAAGGUGAGCUAGUCUAAUAUAUCCACUGAUGAUGGCUCCACAAAUUGGCCAACUGAAUUUCUGAGUGAUAAUUUACAACAGUUGAUAGGUAUAUUUCCAGAAUUGAUCUUUGAACCAGUUGGUGUAUCUAUUUGGCCACUUACAGCUGUACAUGUAUACAUAUAAGUAUGCACUUACAUCUUUCUACAACUAAAUGGGGGAGGAUACCAAAUCUUUCCAUUAUGGUCAAUUUGUUGUUAAGAAAAAACACAUGCACCCAUCUUGAUUAAACCUCUGAUCCUGAAAUAUGAACAAAAAUUCAGCAGCUUAUCGUCAAGCAUCAAGUGCAAUGAAGCAGUACACCCAUAGUGAAUAUUAUCUUGUAUCUCUCCACUUGUUGUAGGAAUCUUCCACAAAUUCUCAAAUGAUGGCAGGUUUUGCAUCACAAAAUGAGGUAUGGUAUCAAUAUACAGUGUGAACUUGAAGUAAUGAUAGAUUGUACUCAAGGAUCUUUUGUUGAUAUGGAAAUCAAGGCCACUUUUCCAGUCUUAAAUUUAAGCAACAGAUAUAUACAACUGCAUUUUAUUUUUUAUUUUUUCAUUCUUUUCAGGCCUUAAAAAGGGAGAAAGGCAGAUUAGAACAUCGUGUGUUGGAACUUGAGGACAACCUGCUCAGGUAUGACCUUGAUUAAGUGCAACAACAACUCUUAAGAGCCUUUGACAAUUUUUUUUUUUUUUUUUUUGGCCAGAGUGCUAGGAGGCUUCUUCACAGACCCAAGUUCUAAGCCAAUUGUACACAAAUUUGUUUUUCAUUUUUAAUUAAAAGCUCACAUCCUAUUUUGAUAGAAGUGAAGUGCUGAAACAUAAUGUUGUUUGAACUAUUUUGCCUUUUUACAGACUAAAAAGGAGUGAAUUAUCAGCAGAAAAGAAUAAUUUGGUUCAAAAUGGACCAGUAGCAACCAGCACACCAUUUGUGCGUCAGUCCUCCUUGCAGCAGGAGAUCCUGGACCAGGAGGUAUGAGUAUUAUUUAACAUGCCUUAUCCUAUGGGUGAUGAGGAAUGCCUAGAGCAAUCUGAUUUAUGUAUGAUACAGUAUAUAACUAAUAGUUACAUUGUAACCUGUUCAAAAAGUCCUAAUCAUCAACACUUGAUGUAAUUAAGAAAAUAUUAAUCAUAUUACAAUUAAGGAAAUGGUCACAGCAGGUGAGCUAGAAGGCCAAAUAUCUUUGGCCUCUUUUCUCCAUUGAAGUCUUGUAAUCGCAGCUCAUAUGUGAGGUUCCUUUCUUUUACUUGGAUGUCAUCCACAGGUCAAAAUUACUUUGUGUUACUUAGUAUGAUUUUCAAUUUGGUGUCUAAAGUAAUCGGUAUUUGAUUGCAUUGACUUUACCUUACUGGGCUCUGUGGUUGGUUUGGAAAGAAACAAAAUGUUGCUGUUAUUCAGCCAGUCAGUAGACAUGUAAUCUUUUGCUUUUAUUGUAGACCAGUGAAACCAUAGGUCUUCCUUCUCCAAUGGUGAGUGGUGGACUCAGUUUAAAUGACAGCCUUGAUAUUGAUGAUAUGGAUACGUCUCUGACUGACUUGAGUCAGUCAUGGAUGUCUGGAGUAUCUCUUGAUUCUACUGGAACAACUGCUUCUUUUGAGAAAUACAGUCUCACAGCAAGACAGCUGGUACGUGUGUCAAAAUGUGUGGCUUCAUGCACAUUGCAAAACUUACCGUAAAUAAAUGUUUUCCGUUUUCGAAUUAUAUUUUUUGUAUUGAUUUAAGGCCAGUGAAUUCAAUGAGAAGAAAGAAAAAACCCUAAAACAUCUCGAUGAUCUGACAGCGCUGAACAGAAGUGUGGAUGUUAGAGAUAAGCGGGAGGUACAUAUUCAGAAUCUUUAUUCAAUUGAAAAAUGCCAGUACAACGAACUCUCUUUCUGUAUUACAGUUACUGUAGUAAAUUUUGUUUGAACUUUGAUAAUGCGAAGUUUGAAUGAUAUACAUACACUCCCUACUUAAUGUAUGCAAUAACAUUAAGUUCUUGAUGUAACAAAUAAACAUAAACAAACCUAACUUUAAAGUUAGGUUUGUUUAUGUUUAUUGGACGUAGGCCGGAAGUCGAGUCAAAAUGAAUGAGCGUAUAGUUACAUAAUGCUAGCGUAAUGGUGGUUAUGGACAAAAUAAAUCACUGAGAUCUGUGAUUUCCUUUACAUGUAUUUCCUACUGCGAAAAUGAUACCUUCUUUAGAACUUUUAAAGGGUCACUUUUCACACUAAAAAGUUUUAAAGAAAGAUAAAAUGAUCUUUCGCUCUAUCACGAGUAUGGAACAGAGAAACAAUUCUGAGUCCUCAUCAGGAAAUUUAGUUUUGUUGUUUUUAAAUCCAAUAUUGUCCAACAAUGAUGAUAAUAUUUGUCCAACUUCAUUUUCCUUUUUAAACUAUUAGAUUAUUAGAGAGCACCUUACACGAGAGAUGGAUACAUUUGCAGAAAAAGCGUCUUCUCUUUAUAUGAAGAAAAAAGCUGCAGAGAAGAGGUACAGUUUAGAUAGUUAGAACUCGACGAAUAAAAUUUAUAUUUAGUGCAGAUAAAUGUACCUCCUUGAAUAGAUUGUUUUCACGUCACAUCAAAUUACCAUCUUAAUUUAUCUUUUUUUUUUUUAGCAUCGCAAUCUCUUGACUUUAUCUUCUGAAAGGAUUUCGAUUAAAUAUUUAUUAUUUUCGUAGACUAAAACAUUUUGUUUUCCAUUGCUGGAGCUUUGGAAGUCUCUACAUGAAGAGUUAAGUACACUGUUGCUGGAGCAACUGUUGCACUUGUAAACCCAUAUACACUCUUCUUGUCUUUUUAACUUCAGGACUGUGAAACUUCUUGCCAUUGUGAGAAAGCUGAAAGGUAUGUAAAGUACUUUUUAACUCGAAAAGGAAAGGAAAAACUUAAUAGCAAGAGUGAGUGAUAUUGUUGUGUAAUUUGUCCAUAUAAGUCAAUUGAUUGAGUUGUCACCUAUUUUGUGAUAUUUUAAGAUUUUGCUCAGUUGCGUUGGUGAAAGGCAGAUCAUAGAAGAUCUAAUUUUUAUAUUCUAAAAUUUAGAAAAAAUAUUGAAGCAAAAUAAGGGAAAACCUUGUCCACAACUAAGGGUUCUUACAGGCCAUGAAAAACCUGGUAACUCUCGGAAUUCUACAUUAACAGUUUUUAAGCCUUGAAAGUUGUAGAUUUUGAGUGUGGAUAGUGUCGGGUGUGAAAACUGACCGAAAAUAACAUUUGAUAACAGCAAAGCAAGAAUUACUGAGAGUGAGUGACCGUUUUCACGUUUAUCUUUGGAACCGCCUUCUUCAUCGUAGGUGAUAGAAAAUGUGAAAAAAAGUCCCGAAAUUUUUUUCUGGGGUUGUAUUCUUGGUUAACUUAAUUCACAACUCUAACCAUCUUUCCUGGAUUUUUGUUAUCUAACAUGGCUUCUGUUUUUCAUCCCACAGAAGAGAACAAAGAGUUUCUCGAGGAACGUAACGAGGCAAAUCAAAAGCUGCGGCAGUUGGCUCUACUCAAUGACGAAAACAGUGCAAAGUAAGUGUAUUCUGUUCUUGGAGUAGUUUCCAAUGGCGGUUCGAAAGUAGUCCGAGUUGCAUUAGUUUAGUUUGCAUUAGUUUUGCAUCACAAACGCUCUAUUACUGGCCCACAAAACUCGUUCCAUCUUUUCAACCCCCCAGUUGCCAAACUUUAAUACUAGUCGUGACCUGCUCACCCAUGUUUUCCCGCAUUUAAUUCAAUACAUGUGUUCACUCUGUAUGUCCUCUGGAAUUUUAUUUUGUUCUCAUUGGCCGGCUUGAUCACUUGGGACGUAGUUUUACGCCACAAUUAAAAGGAAACUUUUACCCCUGGUUGUCAGUUUGUAACUUUUACAUACUGACUGAGCUCAUUGAUCUCUGUUUGCAUGUACAUCCAUCGCGAAUUUUAGAUUUAUCUUUAGUAAUUAAGAAAGCUUGGUUUUCUCCACCAACCUUUAGUUAGAUAGAUUUAUAUUCUGUGGUCGCAUACAUAUGUACAUGUAUAGUACAGAGCCAAAUUUAGAUAUAUCCUUAAGCGGUUUGCAACUUUUAUCACAGGCUAUUGGAACUUGAGGGCAAACAUGAAGAGGACAUGAAGACGGUUGUGGAACAGAAUGAAAAGCUGGAAUCUCUUGAACAGCAGGUACACGAUGCUGUGUGUUUCGUAUACUUUUUUUUUUUUAUAACUUCUUUUUUUAGUUUUAAAGACAUGAUUUGUUCAAAUCGAUUUCUCUAAAGACUUGCACUGCAACAUCGGUUUUGCAGUUUCUUCGUGCGGAUGCAUAUAAUCCAAUGCUGACACCAUGUUUAUCUUACCUAAAUAUUUCCCCCACAGCUAUCAACCGUCAACUUGGAUUUUUUCAAGGCCAGGUAGGUUAUGUUUUUGUGUUUUAAAGCGUGGAGAUUCUUAAAUAAAGUGGAUGAUACUGUACAACCUAUGCACGUUUAUCAGCCGGUAGAAUUUAUAUAAGUUUUUUUUUUAUUCAGAGGGCAGUGGUUAAAAAAAGGUUCAAAUGGGUAGUUUAGAAUAGAUUAGGCGAGUUGUUUUAAAGGCCUGGCAAGCCUCGUGUUCCUAGGAAGGUUCAGGCUCCCCUGGGAAUCAUUGAAGCCUCUAGACUGUUGCAGUUACAUUUCUCAGCCUUUUGUGGUCUAUUCCAAUUUCUGUUGCUUUGUUGUUCCACGGAGUCAACUAAUUUAAAUAAAUUUGAGGAGGAUUCUAUAAGGGAUACAAUAACAUUUGUGAAGAGGCUAGAAGCGGUUAUUUAGCGCAUUACAAGCUGCUACUGUAACCCCCUGUUAGGGAUCACUUUUCUAUGUUAAGGGUAUUUUCUAUUCAUAGGGUUGAGAAGGAAAGUCUCUCAAGAUGUCUUGAAAAUGAGGUAAAUUACUCAUAAGUCAUUACCUUUUUUUACAUGUUGUGGUUCAAAUUUUGCAAGGUUUAAAAUUUUUCGUUCCAGUUUGAUUUUUUUUCUUUACUUUGAUCAUGAUAAUGAAUAUUAAACAAUGAAAAACCCAAUUACUGGUUUUAAAAUAUUCAACCAAGAAAAAUUGAAACCACAGCACACAUUUUACUAUGAGGAGAUGUUAUGUUUUCCAGUAUGACUGAAGCUGACUCCCACAAGUUGGCGGGCGACUAUGAAACCCAGUUAGAAGAUGGAAUCCGCAAACUUCUGCAAUUCUUUUAUUCAAAUGAUUUUAUUUCAUAUAAUUUUCUUGUUUUGUUUGUGUUUUUUUUUUCUUUUUAAGAAACGUGUAACCACAAGACUUGAGGAUAAAGUUGUGCAACUUGAAAAGUAAGGUCUUGAUUCUUGUUGUCAGCAUACAGAAUGUUUUAUUGAGUUUGUGAGGUUAAUGAUAACAGCUUGUGCGUCCAGGUGGCAAAAUUUAAGUGGUAUCGUAUAGGCAGGAAAUAUAUUAGUUUGCUUAACUCAGUACACCUUAACAUCAGUAGGCAUAUUCUCCACACUUUCCUCCGCUCAUUUCCUCUGGUAUAAACGAAGAGAUUUUACAGUUAAACAAUCAGAAACUUUUUAAGUUAGGGAUCAUUUUCUCUAUUCUCAUAACCUUUAUGUUAGGUACAAAGGAGAAAUUGGAUAAUAAUCACUGUUAGGGUUUACUGGUUUAUUUAUCUUGUAUGAGGAUAUCAUGUGGCCAUGGUUUGUAUUUACAGAAAUCAAGAUGAGUUGGAAAGCCAGCAAACAACUCUGUUAGGUAGGAUGUUUUUUUUUCUUUCAAAUAGUGGCAACAGUCAUUAUUUUUUUCUAAAGUGUUGCUGUAUUUUCAUUUCUUUAGUACAAAUCAAAGAGCUGGAAAGCGAAUUGGUGAAAGCAACGUCGCAGCUCAGCAUGGAGAAAAGAAGAACGUCAUCAUUAGAGGUUAGUCUUGUUCUGUAUUCAAAUUUUAAUUCGCAAGGAAAAUAGUCACGUAAGGCCGGUUUCCAUUUUCCACAAUGUCUGAGCAAUUUUUGGUUCCCAUGUCUUGUUUUUGGGUGAUGGAAUCUAUAGUACAUAUCUUUACUACUGUCAAAAUAACUGUCGUAGAAUUUUUUGUACUUGGAAUUACUGAGACAUUACGUACGCUAACAUAACUUAUCGUUUGUUGCACUGAUAAACCCACGGUGAUUUCAUUAAAACAAAAUACCGCACUUUCUCUCAGUAUACCGGCAUAAUAACCCACGCGCGAUUUUUGUUGGACACACCAAAGUUUUGUUGAUCACUAGCUUUCGGCUCGUUAUUGACUAACUUUUCUCCUGAUCACCCCAAAACCCCAAGGGUUAUUUUGCUGGAAAAGCGAUAGAAAAUGCUGUCUACAUGGAUCAUAGGAAUUUACCCCAGCGUCGCAAUGCUCAACAUAAGCGCGUGCGCGUUUCAUUUUAUUAUCCCGAUAUUAAUGAAAAUGACGGCGAAUCUCUUUAUCCGCGCGCGUCUAAUAAUGCAUUUUCUUUACCAGCAAAACUCGCGAAUGCUGACACUGAAAAAUUAAGUUCGCUUGACACGUUGCUUUCUUCGCCCUUUUUUUUGGGGGUCAGUAACGUAUCUGUUAAAUAUCUUGAAAUUCUUCAUUCCCAAACAGGAAUCCAUUCAGAUGUCAAUUUCAAGACACUCAGAUGAGCUGAAAGAAAUUUUUGAAACAAUACCUAGUUCGGAUUCGGAUCUUCUCAGUAGAAGUAGGCAGGUAACCAUAACUUGUAUCAUUAACAGCCAAUAUUGCCUAACUCAUAAAUAACUUCCUAACCCAAGUUUUCUAUCGUCUAAUAAGUUUUUUUCCUGUUUCCUGUUUAUUUAUUUUCUUAUGCGCGACUCAUGGUAGCUAUAUAUUUUCAGUCACCUCGCUGUUCUUCUCCGUGUAUCACCAGCUACAUGGUGAGAACAAGACUGUGCGAUUUUGUUUCAAAGUGUGAUAGAAGCAAACGGAUGCAGGUAUUUCAUGGUCAAUGAGUAUUUACAAUAUAAAAUGUCUUCACUCUUACGCCACUCAAUGACGUUCUUAUUUCCAGGCUACUCCACUCUGUUUUCAAGUUCGGUUUUAUCAACUGAGUUGUUAAUGUAAAUUAGCCUCCGUAAAGAGUUUCUGAAGCUGACGUUUCGAGCGUUAUUCCCCCGUCAGAGCAAAUGGCUUUGGUUUGUCACGAUUGUGCGACAGAAGACGUCGUGUUUUUUCCCCGAAAAUCCUAUCGGUUAGCUUGCACAAGCCGAUCGGUUGCUUUUUAGGUUUUGCUACAAAUCUGUUUAAGUACGCUCUAUAGAGUUAGAGCCGCACAGGGUUAGUAGGACCUUCUUGGUAGGCGCGAGCUUUAAACUUUUACGUUUCUACUGUGCCUGCAAGAAGCCUGAAGGACAUAUCCAUCUUUGCAGUUUCUCGUUUUGCUUUUCUUUCACUAUUACAAGUCUUUGCGAUGUGCUUUUACACCUUGCUUAUUUGUCUGCUGAUCUAAGCUCACAUGUUUUUUCCAUGUUGUUCAUGUGCAUUUUCGUUCAGUUUUGUUUUCUUGUUGUUAUUCAUUGUUUUUCUAUUCUGUUUGUUCUCUCUCUGCUUGGAUUUAAUGUAUGAUUUGAUAGUAACAUUUGAUAUCCUUUGCACCUACACUUUUAGGGUGUUGGAAGCGACUAUCCAGAUCAAGAGACCGCCAAAACUCUUCAAAAAGAAGAAGCUUUUGAAAAAUUUCAGGAUAACGACCUAUUUAGGCUUCGAUCGUCGUCUUCAUCAAGUGACUCAUUAAGCCCACAAAUUGAUAUACAUGAGUCGGAGGAUACCUCUGAAUCACCCAGCGGUAAAUUCGUACAACUAGUCGAAAAUGACGAUCGAGAAUUAUUAACAACGAGCUGUCAGACAGAUAUAAAGGAUUUUGUAUCAACAGGCUCCCAAACAGAACUUCUGAGAGAACUUGAGAGGUUGGAGGGGGAGCUUGGCGUUGCUGAUAAAGGAACAUGUACUGAGGAAGAUAUUUUUGAAAAUGAGAAGCAGCGGCGACGGAAAUCAGGGAUCAUAGAAUCUCCAUGUCCAGAAAUAAGAACAUUAGGAACAACACUUAAGUCUAGUGAAGAGAAUUCUACUAAAAUCACAAUGGAGGAUUCUAGUUCUAGCAAAGAAACUCUGUCGGUGGAGAAAGACAAGACAGCUACAAACUUAUGGAGAAAGAAACUGUCUGUUGCGUUUAAAAUCCCAGAAGAGUUUGAUUAUGAAAGUGCAACAAGCGCGGCGCUCGAAAACUCAGUCGGAAGUAAUAAUUUUGUGGAUGGAGUGUCUCUACGCGUGAGGUAAGUUGACUCGUCUGGAUCCCACGUAUACCGAAAUGAAGUAUUUUUGUUCUUGACUUUUUUAAGUGAAUAGAUGAACGCUAUCUAUUACUUAGUUAUCAAGUCAGAACGCAUUCCCAUAACCUGACUUGUAUUUAUUAGUAUUUUUACGAUGACACGCAGCGUGUUUUUUCUUUGUACUUUGUGUCACCAGGCCAGCCCUCAAUGAUAAGGAAAUUGAGGUGAGUUACUCUCUUGAUUAUUAAAUGGGAUUUUAAAACCUCCUACAUUAGAUAGUAUCCAAUGCCAUGCAGUGGGUGCAAGGUAUUUCAUUUUCAUUUAGAACCGAAAAACAACGGAACGAAGCAAUGAAAAUGCACCAUUAGUUUGAUUAUUUCGUAGUUGGCUUUAUGGUAUUUAUUUAAUUAGUGGAAGUAUGCUAACGUGACUCUUUGGUAAUCAGAAACAGUUCAAGACUCUGGUGCUAGCUUUCCAAACAGAUCAAGAGACCCUAAAUAGACGACUGGAAGUUCAGGUAAAUUUUUUUUUCUUGUCAUAAUGUAUGGUAUUUCAUUCCUUUUUGCAGCAGACUACAUGUAGUCUGCUUUUUUCUUCCCUCUUUUGGCAUUCAUUGGAGUUCAUAAGCUUGGAGGGGUAGGGGGUUGGCGGAAGUGCGUGGGCGGGCUGAGGUGCGUGGGUGGGCGGAGGUGCGUGGGCGAAGGAUUGAAAGGGAGAAAUGUUGUCUCAGCAGAUUUGGUUCACCAGUUAUACUAAAGUACAUUAGUAAAAGCCUGUUAAUGUAUCAAUUCUUUCUUAUGCAUGUACAAUACACAACCAGUGCUUUUAUCUGCAUAGGCGCGUGCCAGAGAAAUCGCAGAAUGCAACAUGAACAAAGAGCUGCAGAGCAUGUCCAACACACUCAAGGUAAUAAAACCGCAAUAUGUUCUAAUGGCUUCCUGUCUUUUAUAGCUUAAAAAUUUUACCUUCUUUUUUAAUAUCCUUUGUUACAGUUUGUUAUUUUCUCCUUCGAUAUCUUAACUGAUUUUCUUGAUAUUUUAAUAGCAAAAUUAAUCGUAUUCUUUGGUGCAUGUGUCACUUUAACAUGAUCCUUGUUCUAACUUGAAAUUGGUUUUUGUUUUGUUUACAACAGGAAUUUGAGCAACUGUGUUUCACUAAGGAUAUGCAGGUAUGAUGGCUUUCAUAAUAUGUUUUUUGUAACUGAAUCUUAAGAUCUGAAAGCCACUUCUUCGACCUGAUGACCAUACAUUUAUUAGUGGACCAAAGCUGAGAAUUUGGUGCCAUAUCAAGACAGAGGCCUGUAGGUGAUAACUUUCUUGGGUGGUAUUACUUGUCUGUUUGAAAAUGUUUCGAACGUGAAAGGAGAAAAAAGAAGUUGAUCACUCCUUGAGGUAAAAACAUACAAGUUAUCCUGAACGGCCUCAAUCGGUAACGUAAGCAGUGCUUGUAGGGUUCGGUCUAAUUUUAACACCAGUUUAGGUGGUAGUACGGUGAAAGUAGGCAAAUGGUAGAUGCAUGUUUAUUCGGAGUGGAAUUUAUCAGAUUUCAUUUACCUAACCAUGAUUGGUCUCACAAGUUUGAAUAUAUGCUCAGAAUUUUUAGCAAAUUCCUCAACAGGAUAUGUUGUCAGUUUUAAAGACGCACCUGGAGAUUGUAAAGAAAUCUUCGCAAAGGAUGAUUACUCAAACAGAACAACAUGGCUGUGUCAAACAGGUCAGUGACGACGCACGGCAAUUUGGUUAUUCUUCCUCACCUUGUUACUGAAACCAUGCUAGUGGCCUUCCACCAUUUUGGUUGAAUUCGUUUUGUAAGUCGUGGUCGCUUACCAUUGGUAAGAACCAUUCGUCCGUGUAAAAGCUCAAUGUUCAAUUUGGUGUCGAACGUUAUCCGAAAGUGCUAUAUUUUUUCUUUAUUUGCUCUAUUAUUGGCCAAAAAAACUCGCACCACUUUCAGAAUUAGGGUAAUUUAGUAUUAUCAUGUGAAUUAAUAACGUAAAUUGGCCACUGUAAAGAGUUUAAGAGCUGACGUUUUGAGCGUUAGCCCUUCGUUAGAGUGAAUGACAUUCGCAUUGAUCAACUCAGUUGAUAAUACUAAAUUACCCUGUUAUACUCUCGCACCGUCGCAACUGUACAGUUUCUUUAGAAACUUGCCUCCUUUUUUCAUUUCCUUUUAUCGGAUUGGUUGUACUGAUUACUCGAUUUUGGUUGUACGACGCUGAAUCGAAAUACGCUUGUCGUGCUUAAACGUUUUAUGGUUGGACCUGGCUAAAGAAGGACACUGUGCUGAUCGUAUCAAACGAAGAGAGGAUUAAGAUCUCCUUUAUCCUAUUUGGAAGAAACGUAAACGAAAUGAUACGUAAAGUAGUUGAUUUCCAUACAAUUUAGGUUUUUUGGGCUCUGAUAGUAACAAUCCCUUAUUUUCUUUCGCGGUCAAAAUGAUACUUGGUUUCCAGUCACUUUUAGAGCAGAGUUUGCAAUCGCUUUACAAUUGAACACGCAGGAGGCUCGUAUGUCAUCUGGAGUGGAGGUAAUGAUAUGUCAUGCUGAGAACUUGACUCGUCAUAUGGAGCGAGUACGAGAGGACCUCAACGAACUACGUAUGAAGGAACGGCUGGCUGCUGACGAAAGUGCGUCACCCGGAACUUUGGCAAAUGGUCCUACACGACUUGGUAAUAAAUAAUGGAGCUAGACCCUUAAACUGGUUUGCAUUCACACUCAGAUUCUGAUUUCAUAAUUACGAUCAUGAAACUUUUAACUAGUUAUUGCGUUGUUUACGACAUGCACCACAAGACUUGAAGAUUCAAAGACUCUGGUAUCAAUACAAAUAGCUGCAUGCUAUGUAUGAAACACUGUUAUUUGUUCCUAUUGUAUUCACGAAUUUAUUGAUUACUUCGUUGAAAUGCCUUUUGUUAGUUGCAUUACUCUGUUAUUUACAUUCUUCUGUAGCUCGUGUAAAAAAAUUUCUGUUCAAAUCCUUGUUCGCUUUCUAUUCAUUUAUUGUGUUUAUUCAUGCUUCAUUUCUCCAUUUACUUUUUUUUCCUCGCUUGAUUUUGAAGGUUUAGAUUCCCAAAGGGUUGGCAGUCCUUCACCUCCACUUCCUCACCAAGUAAGAAUUUUUCUAACCAAAAUCUUUGCCUUCGUUUAUAUACGUUAUUUUUGUUUUAACCACUGCCUUCUUUUUCUGCCUUUUUCUCUCGGUGAAGGUGAUACAAAUUGAUGCGUUUAUUGUUUUCGUUUGCUUGUGCUUCUCUAUGUUGUGCUUAAUACUUAACUCGAUAAUUUACUCAUACUUCUGUUAUUUUGUUGCUCUCUUACCCUUGAAUGAUUUAAGUUAGCAAUCUUUCUUUGUCCUCCCAACUGUCACAUUCCUCAACAAAAUUAAAUAUGAUUGUUCUCAUAGUCUGAAGCAGGAGGCGAUGGCACUAAACAGAACAGCCUUCUCAAUUUUGUCAUGGCUUUUCAUACUACAUCGAUGCGAGCAAAAGAAGCCCUCCGAAGCUUCCGGCGUCGUACGGAGGCCAGCAGACAAGAACGGGAGGCUUCUGGAGCCUCCUUGCGCCAAACCGAAGAGCCGUCAGCGACGAAAAUCGAUUCGUCACCGACAGAAAGUCUGCCAGAAACCGAAUCCACUGGCACUCCAGCUGUGGUUGUGAGUGACUCGGAAGGAAAAAACGACAACAUAAACGUGGAAGAAACCGAAGGGAGACAACAUGAACAUGAAGACGAGGUGGUUCCUGUCGAUCACCCGGUAGAGUCUGAAGAGGAUGACGAAAUAAAAGACUCUAGUGAAAACGAAAGUGAAAGUGGCGGAAUUGACUCAGAAGUCAAUUCAGUGCAUGAAACGUAAGUAUAAACUCUUGUUUCUGCCUCGCUGUACAGUUCUUCAAUGUGUUUCCCACUUACAUUUAUUUAUAAAUCUGUGGAGAGACUCUCCAUGCGGUCUCCAUAUAGAGGGGGCAGGCACUCUUGAACGAGAAUGGUUGGAUCGUUGACAAAUUAAAUCAGGUCAUGAUCAAACAGUGAGGCUUCUGUUUGGAUUAUCAAAGUCGUGAAUCAUUCAAAGUUUUUCAGUUCUUGUAUCGUAAUUCUGGUUUCUUCAGGAAUGAUAUCCAUUGUUUUUAAAUAGCCAUGAAUUAGGUUUUGAGUUUCAAAGCAAAUCUUUAAGUUUCACUUGUCUAUUUCAUUUCCAGAUCCAAAAGACCCAGUGUAUGUUGGAGAUUUUUAUCAACUGCCUUCAGAUUUACGACCUAUGUCUUCAUCUUCAUGUUAAUUAUAUUUAUUGGAGUAACCAUCUUCGUUAAAACGGAUAUCAUUGUAAUAGAGAGAGACUUUGUUAUGUCAAGAAUACGUAAACUUCUCCAUCCCUUCAUUGAAGUAGUUUAUCAUGAAAUUCCUCCUCAAUGA